GAGGCGCGAGGCGGAAUUGGGGUCUGCUCUAAGCUGCAGCAAGAGAAACAGUGUGUGAGGGGAAGAGGCCUGUUUCGCUCCCGGGUCUCUAGUGCUCGCACGCUCCUUAAGAGUCUGCACAGGAGGAACUCUGCCAUUGCCGGCUCCCUUCUGCAAGAAGGGAAGAGGAAAACAUACAUUUAUUCAUGCCAGUCUGUUGCAUGAAGGCUUUUUGGCUUCAUACCUUGCAACAAAAUAAUUGCACAAACUCCUUAGUGCCGAUUCCGCCCACAGAGAGUCCUGGAGCCAGAGUCCUUUUUGCUUUGCAUUGUAGGCAAGGGACUAAGUGAUAGAGACUAUGUCGCUUUCCUGAGCUCCCGAGAGCGCUCGUGAACUGGAAUCAACUGCUUCAGGGAAAGGAAAAAACAAAAACCAAAAACCAGACUUACCUGGGAGGCGGCGAGAAACUUGCAUUGGAAGCUUCAGCAACCAGCAUUCAAGAAGCUCCUUUCCACUUUAGCACGGUCUCCAGACUCAGAGCCGAGAGACAGAGCAAACUGCAGCGCGGUGAGAGAGAGAGGCAGGGAGGGAGAGACGCUCCAGCCUGGGAACUAUAACUCCUCAGCGAGAGGCAGAACGCUCCUUCCCCGCAUCUUUGGGGGACUUUCCUCGGCCAGGAGUUGAGCGGCCCGCCCGCUCGGCGUGUGCUUGGCCCGGGGAGCCGGGAGGGCCCGGCGAUCGCGCCGCGGCCGCCGCGAGGGUGUGAGCGCGCGUGGGCGCCCGCGGAGCCGGGGCCAUGGUGCAGCAAACCAACAACGCCGAGAACACGGAAGCGCUGCUGGCCGGCGAGAGCUCGGACUCGGGCGCCGGCCUCGAGCUGGGCAUCGCCUCCUCCCCCACGCCCGGCUCCACCGCCUCCACGGGCGGCAAGGCCGACGACCCGAGCUGGUGCAAGACGCCCAGCGGGCACAUCAAGCGGCCCAUGAACGCCUUCAUGGUGUGGUCGCAGAUCGAGCGGCGCAAGAUCAUGGAGCAGUCGCCCGACAUGCACAACGCCGAGAUCUCCAAGCGGCUGGGCAAACGCUGGAAGCUGCUCAAAGACAGCGACAAGAUCCCUUUCAUUCGGGAGGCGGAGCGGCUGCGCCUCAAGCACAUGGCUGACUACCCCGACUACAAGUACCGGCCCAGAAAGAAGGUGAAGUCUGGCAACGCCAACUCCAGCUCCUCGGCCGCCGCCUCCUCCAAGCCGGGGGAGAAGGGAGACAAGGUCGGUGGCAGCGGCGGGGGCGGCCAUGGGGGCGGCGGUGGCGGGAGCAGCAACGCAGGGGGAGGAGGCGGCGGCGCGAGCGGCGGCGGCGCCAACUCCAAACCGGCGCUGAAAAAGAGCUGCGGCUCCAAAGUGGCGGGCGGCGCGGGCGGCGGGGUCAGCAAACCGCACGCCAAGCUGAUCCUGACGGGCGGCGGCGGCAAAGCGGCGGCCGCCGCCUCCGCCUCCUUCGCGGCCGAGCAGGCUGGGGCCGCCGCCCUGCUGCCCCUGGGCGCCGCCGCCGCCGACCACCACUCGCUGUACAAGGCGCGGACUCCCAGCACCUCGGCCUCCACGGCGUCCUCGGCCGCCGCCCUCGCCGCUCCGGGCAAGCACCUGGCGGAGAAGAAAGUGAAGCGCGUCUACCUGUUCGGCGGCCUGGGCGCGUCGUCGUCGCCCGUCGGCGGCGUGGGCGCGGGUGCCGACCCCAGCGACCCUCUGGGCCUGUACGAGGAGGGGGGCGCGGGCUCGUCGCCGGACGGGCCGAGCCUCAGCGGCCGCAGUAGCGCCGCCUCGUCGCCCGCCGCCGGCCGCUCGCCCGCGGACCACCGCAGCUACGCCAGCCUGCGCGCCGCCUCGCCCGCCCCGUCCAGCGCGCCCUCGCACGCGUCCUCCUCGGCCUCGUCGCACUCGUCGUCGUCCUCGUCCUCCUCCUCGGGCUCCUCGUCCUCCGACGACGAGUUCGAAGACGACCUGCUCGACCUGAACCCCAGCUCAAACUUUGAGAGCAUGUCCCUGGGCAGUUUCAGCUCGUCGUCGGCGCUGGACCGGGACCUGGAUUUUAACUUCGAACCGGGCUCCGGCUCGCACUUCGAGUUCCCGGACUACUGCACGCCCGAGGUGAGCGAGAUGAUCUCGGGAGACUGGCUCGAGUCCAGCAUCUCCAACCUGGUCUUCACCUACUGAAGGGCGCGCGCGCAAGAGCAGAAGAAGGGCUGGGGGGCGAGAGAGGAGAACAAAAAGUCAAAGAUGAAGAGUUGAAAGAGAAAAGGGAAAAAAAAAAAAAAAAAAGGAAAAGAAAAUCAGAAGAAAAAAAAAAGUGAGCGGGGGCUGGCUUCGGCGGGGAGCGCGGCGGCGUUUUUUUGGCCCCGCGGUCCCAUCCCCCACCUCCCCGGGCCGGGACGCCUCGGCCCAGCUGGAGGGAUGCGGAGGAGGCGGAGGGUAGACAGGGGCGACCUUUUGUUGUUGUUAUUGAUGUUGUUGUUGAUGGCAAGAAAAGCGACUUUGAGUUUCCUCCCCUUUGCUUGAAGAGACCCCCCCCCACAAGCUUCCGGACUUGUCUGCACCCCCAGCGAGAAGCCGAGUUGUUAGUUUUCUAGAGAACUGAAGGAAUCUCGCCCCUCUCGCUUUGCCACCUUGAUGUUUUUUAUUUUUCUGCUUUUGUUUUUGUUUUUCUUGGUCAACUGAGAAAAGAGGGGGAAAAAAAAAAUCCACCCCGCCCCUGGGGGUUUUGUUCUCAGCCCUUUUUUUUUUUUUUUUUUUCCCCACCCCCGAAGAAGAGAGAAGGCUCCGGGGCGAUGAAUCGUUUGGCCGACGACAGAUGUUUUGGGGUCACGCAGGCUCGAGCUCUAGGAUUGAGGGACUCCACGCUCGCGAAUUCCCCGGGGUUCCCCCCCCCCCAUUUUUUUCUUCCCUUUUUUUUUUUUUUUUUUUUUCUCUCUUUCCCUUGCCUCUGUAGCCGGAGGAGGAGAUGUUGAGGGAAGGAGGCAAGAGUGACCCGCGCGAGGAGAUGAACUGAGCGCCUCGUUGGAAGCCACAGCAGCGAGGGCGGGGGGAGAGAAGGACGCGAGCUGGAAGGGGGAGAAAAAUAAAACUGAAAUGGAUUUGCACGUUCAGGAGACGGUGGCGGCGUUUGCUCGGCCUCCGCCCGAUAGAUACCUGAAAUCAGUGAGGUGAGACUUCACAGACCCGGAGGCGUGGAGGAGAGGAGACUGUUUGAUGUGGUACAGGGGCAGCGGAGGGCGAGUGGUUUUGGGGGAAAACAGAAAAAAAAAAAAGCUUUUUUUUUUCUUCUCUUAAUCGGAAUCGUGAUGGUGUUGGAUUAUUUCACUGGUGGGGUUAAUAUAGCAUGUAUCCUGUCUAUCUUUUAAAGAUUUCUGUAUAAGACUGUUGAGCAGUUUUUAAAAUAGUGUAGGGUAAUAUAAAAAGCAGAUAGAUGGCGCUAUGUUUGAUUCCUACAACAAAAUUAUCACCAGCUUUUUUUCAUUCUUAACUCUUGAAAGGAUUCAAACGCAACUCAAAUCUGUGCUGGACUUUUAAAAGAAAAAAACAAUUCAGGACCAAAUUUUUUCUCAGUAUGUAUGUGUUUCUUCCUUAUAGGUGUAAAUGAGAAGACGUGUUUUUUUCCCUCACCGAUGCUCCAUCCUCGUAUUUUUUUUUUUUUCCUUGUAAAUGUAAUCAGAUGCCAUUUUAUAUGUGGACGUAUUUAUACUGGCCAAACUUUUUUUUUUCUUAUUUUGUCCCUUUUUUCUUUUCUAUUCUUUUUUGUUUUGUUUUUACUUUGCUUUCAUUUUAUUCCUUUAUUUCUUCCUUCCUUCCUUUUUUCUUUUUUUUUUUGGUAGUUGUUGUUACCACGCCAUUUUACGUCUCCUUCACUGAAGGGCUAGAGUUUUAACUUUUAAUUUUUUAUAUUUAAAUGUAGACUUUUGACACUUUUAAAAAACAAAAAAAGACAAGAGAGAUGAAAACGUUUGAUUAUUUUCUCAGUGUAUUUUUGUAAAAAAUAUAUAAAGGGGGUGUUAAUCGGUGUAAAUCGCUGUUUGGAUUUCCUGAUUUUAUAAUAGGGCGGCUGGUUAAUAUCUCACAGUUUAAAAAAUCAGCCCCUAAUUUCUCCAUGUUUACACUUCAAUCUGCAGGCUUCUUAAAGUGACAGUAUCCCUUAACCUGCCACCAGUGUCCACCCUUCAACCCAUGUCUUAUAAAAAAGGGGAGGAGAGUUAGCCAAACACUGUAUGCUUUUAAGAAAAAUACAUUUUUAAACGGAAUACUGUUAUGUCCAGAGGCUUUAAAACUGGUGCAUUUGAACAGCAGAAAGGGAUCCUGUAGCUUUAAUUUGUAAACCACAUCUUUUUUGCACUUUUUUUAUAAGCAAAAACGUGCCGUUUAAACCACUGGAUCUAUCUAAAUGCCGAUUUGAGUUUGCGACACUAUGUACUGCGUUUUUCAUUCUUGUAUUUGACUAUUUAAUCCUUUCUACUUGUCGCUAAGUAUAAUUGUUUUAGUCUUAUGGCAUGAUGAUAGCAUAUGUGUUCAGGUUUAUAGCUGUUGUGUUUAAAGAUUGAAAAAAGUGGAAAACAUCUUUGUACAUUUAAGUCUGUAUUAUAAUAAGCAAAAAGAUUGUGUGUAUGUAUGUUUAAUAUAACAUGACAGGCACUAGGACGUCUGCCUUUUUAAGGCAGUUCCGUUAAGGGUUUUCGUUUUUAAACUUUUUUUUGCCAUCCAUCCUGUGCAAUAUGCUGUGUAGAAUAUUUGUCUUAAAAUUUAAGGCCACAAAAAACAAUGUUUGGGGGAAAAAGAAGAAAAAAAAAUCAUGCCAGCUAAUCAUGUCAAGUUCACUGCCUGUCAGAUUGUUGAUAUAUACCUUCUGUAAAUAACUUUUUUUGAGAAGGAAAUAAAAUCAGCUGGAACUGAACCCUAAAUCUUGACUUUUGUCAUCCUUAUGCCGGAUGCCUAAGACUGGGAGGGCUCUACAGCAUAGAGACUACCCCGUCUGCCCUAGCUUGAAACAGCAGAUAAGUGCUCAGAGAGAAGCCUGUUAAAUGCCAUUUUCUUGAGGAGUACUAAGUUCUUCUUGGCCAGAUUUGGCAGGCCCUGACCCUGAAAUGAUGGCGUCAGCUGAAUGUGUGUCAACUCGGUGUGCUUUCUAGGAAUUUUCUGCAUUUACCACAUUUAAAUAAAUGCCCUUUGUCUUGAGAUUUUAAAGAGGGGGAGGAGGAGUCAGAUGGUCAGAAUUCUUCACAGAUAAAACUGAUUUUUUUUUUUAAAUUUUAUCCUAAAGCUGCUUCCUCCUUGCCCAGUGUUACCAUCUAGCUGUGGCUAAAAUAUUUCCCACAGAUUAAGAAUAAAUUU